ACAUUAGAAACAAUUUUAAAAUAAAUUACUAUUUAGAAUUUUUGAGUAUUUGGAUAUAUUUUUUUCAAAUUUUAUUCAUAUAUCAAUCUGACUUGAAAUGAUUUCAAAUAUGGGGGUUAUGUUCACAAAAUAUUAUAAUCAGAUUCACCAUGACAUGCCUAAUUAAUGGAACAUUAAUAUAAAUGGGAAAGAAAAUGCCUACUAUUAUCAGUGGCGGAGCCACAUAGUAAUAAGGGGUAGCACGUGCUACCCCUGUUUUUUCUAAAAAAAAAAAAAAAAAAAAGAAAGAGAGAGAGAAAGCAAAGCGUGCAGUGCAAUGGGUCAGCCAAACCCUAACUCCUCCCGCUUCUCUCUCUUCUUUUCCGCCUCUCUCCCUAUCUUCUCUCUCUUACCAACAAUGGUAGUCAAAGAACAGUUGGUAGAGAAAGCUUCGAUGCCGGCGUCAAUAAUCUCUAAGAGGUUGGAAUCGUCCCUUAGGAUAAAAAUGGUUGACAUUUGAAAGGAGAAAAGUGAAAACCCAAUUUCUCGAAGGUUCUAUUUCUUGGUUCGUGUGAUGCCAUUGUUGCUGCCGUGUUCUCUUUCUCUCUAUCCUGUUGCUGCUCUUCUUCAUUUCUUAUUUUGUGUGUUAUUGAAGUCUGAAGGCGCUUACAAUUGCUCCAGAAAGGCUGCUCCACACUUCACACAGAGUCCUCUCUUCUGAUGGAUUCUUCAGAGCGUUAUUGCUAUAACCCUACUCUUCACUGGAAUCCUGAGGUUGAAGAAUACUUCAAUAAGGCAUAUGGUGCUGACCAUUUUAGUCGUAUCUCUAAAGCCCUUACUCGUCCUUCUUGCUACUCUUGUCUACGUGUUAAUAUCCUGAAGACAACAAGUGAUGCUGUCAUCGAGAAGCUGCUCGCAAUGCAACAUGGAACGGAUGGCCAAGGCAUAGACAAUGAUCUUAUUCACAAGUGCCCAAUUCCUGGGCUAGAGUAUGUUGUCUUUGUUCGAGGUUCAGGACCUCAUGUAAUUGAAUACGCUCAUGAAUCCGGACAGCCUUUAAAGGAGGUCAUUGUAAGCCGCAAAUGUGCUGAGUCUGUUCUUCGCGGUGCUCAGGUGUUUGUCCCUGGUGUAUUAGCGUGCAGCGCUCAUGUUGAGAAGGGAGAUCAUGUUGCUGUUUCUGUUGCCACUGAGCAACAGGAACCUGAUGGUAAAUGGGGUACUGGAAUCACACGUGGAAUCAUACUUCAGGGCUCAGAGACAGAUCCCCAAUAUCUCCAGCGUAAGGGCUUGUAUAUUGGGCAAGGAACUACAAUGAUGUCUAGGGCUGGAAUUUUUCGAGUGUUGCAAGGUGUUGCAAUUUCUAUGUGCAAUAGAGUUUUUGAUCUUCCUUCGUUGAACAAUGUGCUUGAAGGUGAGAUUUUUCUUCAGAACCUUCCGAGCAUUAUAGCUGCUCAUGCCUUGGAUCCUCAGAAGGGUGAAAGGAUAUUGGAUAUGUGCUCAGCUCCCGGGGGUAAAACAACUGCUAUUGCUAUGCUUAUGAGAGAUGAAGGAGUGGUGGUUGCAGCAGACCGGUCCCACAACAAGGUAAUUGAUGUUCAGAAUUUGGCUGCUGAAAUGGGUUUAAAGUCUAUAGUUACGUAUAAGCUAGAUGCGCUGAAGUCUGUUGCUAAAGAUUUUGUAUCUGACAUGUCUGAAGAUACUACAAGUCUGAAGUCUUGUUCCAUUAUUGAUGAAAAGUGUAUAGGUAAUAUAUCACAUGGGAAAAGUUUAGGAAAUGGAGAUGGUAAUGGACAAAUACCCAUCAACACAUCUAACUGCAGGAAGGUCAAACAAAGAACUAAAAAUGGGCCUGGAAAGAAUCACUUAAUUGGUGGUAGAGUUGAAAAAUCAGAAGGUUUUGCUCCUAAUAGUUUUGAUAGAGUUCUCCUUGAUGCUCCUUGUUCCGCUCUUGGAUUGAGACCUCGGUUGUUUGCUGGUGAGGAAACUUUAAAAUCUUUGAGGAGUCACAAGCAAUACCAGAAGAAGAUGUUUGAUCAAGCGGUGCAACUAGUUCGCCCUGGAGGAGUUAUUGUAUAUUCAACCUGUACGAUAAACCCGGGUGAAAAUGAAGCACUGGUGCGUUAUGCUCUCGACACGUACAAAUUUCUGUCACUGGCACCCCAGCAUCCUAGAGUUGGUGGACCGGGGUUGCUUGGUCGCUGUGAGUUAUCUGAUGGGUAUACAGAGGAAUGGUUAAGGCCAGGGGAGGAGGAACUUGUGCAGAGGUUUGAUCCUUCAGUAUCCGACACAAUUGGGUUUUUUAUAGCCAAGUUUAGUGUUGGUUGCAAAGAGACAUAGGUGAGGUUUUUCCAUGUGCAUUUUUCACAGAGAUGAAAAUCAAACAUAUCAUAGACAGGUUAGAUAACUGUAUUUCUAGUCUCACCCUUGACCAGAUCAAUUUGUCAAAUCUUUAUAGAUAUUGUUUGAACCAACAUUCUUUAGUGAUCUUAUUUUCUGAUUAUUGAAGAAUUUAGAUAUAAUCUAUGUAGUGUUGAGAGCAAAAUACCAAACUUUGUUGCUUGUAGAAUUGAAGUGAUUUGAACGUCGGACUGAUGUAUGAUCAAAGAACGAAGAACUCGACACAUUAUUGUUCUUUCAUGAAGAGAUGUUUCAAAGACGGCGUUGUUUGAGAA